UACUAAAGUCUAUAACUUUUCGAAAUAAUUAAAUUUCCAGAAAAAAGGUUCACCAAAUUUGAAUAUGGUCACCCAAAUCGCUUGCUCUGACAGCGUUCAAAACAAACCAAGUCAGUAGACUGACGCAUACAGGCAUUUCAGCCACCACACAAAUUUAGUUAUCAUUUUGUCGUCUUCCCGUUUGGGGGUGUUGCAGGCGUAACGGUUUGUCACUGCGCGCUUUUUGAGACUUUUGCCGGUCGCGUGUUCGUUCGCAGACACCAAAGAAGAAAGCAAAGAAAAUUGUGAACAAAAACAGUGCGAAUAAACGGUGAAAACAGAGUGUCGACGUGUGUUUGUUUGUAUGUGUGCGUUGGCGCUACGCAGAAUAUGCAUUUCUACACUGUGAAAAUGAGUGUACACGAAACCUUAAAAACUCAAUAAAAAUGAAGAAGUGCAACUUUUCUCUAAUCGCACAAGAACUGUAAAAAAAUUUAAAACCUAUGCUGCACAGAAGUACCUUGGCAAGGCUUUUACGCUGUAGAUAGCAUUUAUUGCUGGUAGUGGUGUAUUUUCGGCUUGCAAGGCUUACAUAGAAUCGCGUCCCUCCAAAGCGUAGUGAAGUGCAGCAACGGCAUGUGGAGCGGUUUCGAUCGUUGCAGUUCUCGUGGCGUCGAUAUUCAGAGCACCAACAAUGCUGGGAGUAGCCAACAGGAGACUUUGGCUGAAAUUGAACACAUAUCAACGAUCGCCGGCUCGCUGGUAUCUAUUGCUUCCAUAUCACAUACACACACACAAGUACGUUAUCAAUGUACAAACGAUGCCGGCUAUGAGACUGAACACACCUCGCUCAAUUCAGACUUCGAUGAGGCGGAACUGCGUCGGGAAUUGCUGCGUGAUAAAUGGAAAUUGUUAUUCGAUAUGUUUGAUCCGGAGGGUUUCGGUGAGAUACCAGUAGAUGACUUCAUAAAAGCAUUGAAAUCUGCCGAAUUCUUAUCACAAGUGCCUAUGAACAAACGUGAAUUGCUUUACGAGCGUGCGAAAAAGGCGCGAUCGCCGAUCGGACCCGGUUACGUGACCUUUCAGGACUUUGUAAAUGUGAUGAGUGGCAAGCGUUCGCGAAGCUUUAAGUGUGCAGUUCAUCAUCGCGAUCGAGAAGUUUGUUCCGAAAAUGAUUUCCAUCUCGUGUUAGAGGAACCGCCAUUCUUCAAGAAGAUGGUACAUGUCGUCGCCAUGGAGAUAUUGCCCGAGGAGCGUGAUCGAAAAUAUUACGCCGAUCGAUACUCUUGCUGUCCCCCGCCUUUAUUCAUUAUAUUGAUGACAAUCAUAGAGCUCUGUUUCUUCGCCUAUCACACACUUGUUGCUGGAGAAGCGGAACCUGCGGGUCCAGUUCCGAUCGAUUCAUACUUCAUUUACCGUCCCGAUAAACGUUGUGAAGUGUGGCGUUUCGUAUUGUAUAUGGUGUUACACGCUGGUUGGUUUCAUCUCGGCUUCAAUUUAUGUGUGCAAUUGCUCUUCGGUUUACCACUCGAGAUGGUACAUGGCUCUGGGCGAAUAGCUUGCGUUUACUUUUCGGGUGUACUGGCGGGAUCACUAGGCACUAGUAUUUUUGAUCCAGAAGUGUGUCUGGUGGGCGCCAGUGGCGGUGUGUACGCACUGCUGGCCGCUCACUUGGCCAAUGUCAUGCUGAAUUUUCAUCAAAUGCGUUACGGCAUUAUACGACUGAUUGCUAUCUUGAUAUUCGCAUCCUGUGACUUUGGAUUUGCGAUUUAUGCACGCUAUGCCGAAGAUUAUCCGUACAGUCCGUCAGUGUCGUAUGUCGCGCAUUUGACUGGUGCCUUAGCAGGUCUCACAAUCGGCCUCAUUGUACUCAAGAAUUUCGAACAAAAGCUGCACGAACAACUUUUAUGGUGGAUCGCACUUGGAAUUUACACUGCCUACAUUCUAUUUGCCAUAGUCUUUAAUGUAUUAAAUAGCAACGCGGCGUUGAGUCUAGAUGUGGAACCCAUCCAUGCAACUGAAACGUUUUUCAAUAAUUUCCAUGUGUAAAUAGUAUAUUCGUAUAUUAUUGUCCUCAAUGCGUUCUAGCCCUUUUAUAAGAGAGAGAGAGGAGUACUGCGAGCAAACGGAAUUUUUGUAAUAUGUACAAGUACAUAAAUAUUUAUAUAUUAUAUGCUUUAAGUUUUGUGUUAAACGCUUUCAAUAAGCUUUCGUUUUUUUCAUGUAUAUAAAGUUUUUUCUUUUUGUAAAGUGUAUGAAUGAAUUGAAAGUUAGUGCUUAAUUUGCUAAAAACAAGUCGAUUAUUAUGUUUUUUGUUUAUUAUAAUACGGUUUCUGUUUAAUUUGUUAUUUAAUUGCUAAUAAUAAAGUAUCAAUGAAAAGAAAAUAAGAACAAAGAGUGAGCGUUUUGGGUUUAUUGUAUACUAGCUAUAAAUACUCAAAUAUGGCACAAUUUAGUGUUUCAAUGAGGGAUCUCAAUAGAUCGUGCAAUACGUUAAGUCUACAUUUUUUUAUAUUUAUCUUAAGAAAAUACGCAAGUGAGUCAUUUUCUAUAAAUAAUAAAUUAUAAUGAAGAAUUUUGAAAAGUUUCUAAAUUACCAGUACAAAAUAGUUAUUUCUACAGAGCAUAUAAAUGAAAUGUGUAUGUGAAUAUAUAUGAUGCUUUUAUACAUAUAUGUGAAGCGAUUUACAUAUACAAAUUUAUAAAUACAAAAAAUUAAUAUAUGAAUAAAUACCGAUUUAUUUAUUAAAAUUGUACUUAUUAUUUAGAGAGAUGUAGAGAUGGAAGAUUUUUUAGUAUACAUUUGAUGUUAGCAUUCCCAUAAUAACUGAACUGAAAGCUUUUAUUUGGUAUAUUGAAAUAUAAAAAAAUCAAUAGAGUGCACAAAAUUGAAUUCUUGGCUCUUUAUUAUUUAGAUAUUUUAUGUGAUAUCAAAAAACGAGCAAAUACUUCUACUUUAUUGCCAUCUCUACAUGUCUACGAAGAAGCAUACAUAUUUAAUAUUGAAAAUUUAUAAUGAAAUGUAUCAUUUCAAUGAAUUGAAAAGCUAUCUACAGUGGAACUUCUCUAACUCGAAUCACCAUAAUCCACAAAAAAACUUCGAGUUAGAGAGAUUUCCGAGUUACAGAAUGUAAUUUGUAUGAAUUUUGACUUUAUUGCCUAUUCAAUAGCUCGAAUUAUGGACAACUUUGUGUUAGAGCAGUUCGAGUUAUGGAAGUUCGACUGUAUUUCGGUUUCAUAAGUCUACUUCGAUCCAAUAGGUAAUAGACAAAAGUGUAAAUAAGGCUUAU